AUGACGGCGGCGAACCGCGAGGCGCGCACUCUCUCUCGGAAGUUGAUCAAGCGCUCCUUGCACGAGUAUUUCCAACCGUGUCCGACGGCCACACUACCACCCAGUGACGAAUCAGACCCUUGGCUGGCGUUCGACUGGCGGACGCGUCGCUACGCCUCCGACACGGUCGUCUACCUGUCGUCCGCGGAAUUCGAAGUAAUCCUCCUUGCCAGGAGCAGGUGGGAACAUUCGCGGUCGCGGUUCUUUGAGACAAUCGCGGUGCCGCUGGCGCUGCUCCAACGGCACCCUGAGGCGUUGCGCGUGCUGGGCAAGUACUUCACCCGGCCCAGUUACGUGAUGGUGGUUGUGAAUGAUUUGGAUGGCCGGCAGGGUCAGCAGGAGCAGGGGCAGGAGCGGCAGCAUGAACGGCUGCAGAGCUGGUGGAGCCAGUUCCCGCAGCAGCAGCACGAGAAGAAGAAAGGCUGGUGGGUCGAUAUCUCGUACUGGGCGCAGGGAAAGUAUCUUGGACCGGAUCCGCCUACCGCCGGGGUUGGGGAUUGGAUUCAUGAAGAAAAGGCCAUGUUCACUGGGCAAGUCUACCACACUAUCCAACAAGCGUAUCGGCGGGUUUACACCUUGGAUCGUUCGCAGCUUCGAAUCCGGCCGGUUCGGGCCUGUCACAAAGAGGACGGCUGGAUUGGCAUGGCUCCCGGGAGCAGGUAUAGCGGCGUGGACAUGGCCCUCCAGGUCUCGCCGAUCGAGCCCCUGUUGCUGACAGCGCCGUAUGAGAUAUCUCUGUUGGGUUAG